GUCUAUCUCUAGCAGUAUAACAUGACGGACUUUGGCAGUUGAUAUAACUUAUAAACCACCAAUCCCAUCCGCUGCCAGGUCUGCCACGUCUACUGCAACUACAGCAGGUCCUGAUAUAUCCGAACGUAGCAAACCUAAUAAUUUCAAAGACGCGCAUCCAUCCACCACGGCCCGCAAAAAUGUCCUCCGCCACACCCAACAACAAACAAGCCUUCCUCCUAGACCUCCCUACCGCCCUCUCCCUCGCCGCCGCCCUCUCCCUCCUCCCCCUCGCCUCCCUCCUAACCCUCCUCCUCAUCCCCUCCAGACGGCCUAAGACAGACCGCCUCCUCUUCUUCUGGCACGCCUACGACGCUCUCACCCAUCUCAUAAUCGAAGGUUCCUUCCUAUACAACUGCUUCUUCAUCUCUACGGAAAUCCCCGCCGUCACGGCCCAACAUAUCCCGGGCCCACACUUCCUUGACCAGCCGCAUCGCCUGUAUGGAGCCGCGUAUGGCACGGGCGCCACCGCGCGUCUGUGGCAGGAGUAUGGGAAAGCAGAUAGCCGCUGGCUAGGCGCUGAUCUGGGUGUGGUUGCGCUGGAGUUGCUUACCGUGCUGCUGGGCGGGCCGGCGGCGGUGUAUGUUUGCUAUACGCUCUAUAAGUCCUCCUCUGCUUCGUUGUCGUCGUCGGCGGUGGCGGCGGAUGCGGAUGCGACAGUUCAAGCAGCAAAAUACCGGUUCAGGAUGUGGUUUGUGGCGAUUGGCCUGGCUGUUGCGGAGUUGUAUGGUGGAUUUAUGACCUUUGCACCCGAAUGGCUUUCCGGGAGCCAUGCGCUGGACACCAGCGAUCCGAUGUACCUGUGGCUUUAUCUUGUGUUUUUCAACAUUCUGUGGGUGUUUUUACCGAUUUGGGUUUUGAAGCAAGGGUGGGGAGAGGUUAAAGAGCAGUUUGUUCGUGCGGCGUUGGCUGGGAAGAAAGGAGCUUCCAAGAAAGAUUUAUAAAGGACGGGGGAGAGAUGUUUUCUCUGAUACCCGGCGUGUUUUGUUGGCGCGUUCAUAGCCUAGCAGUUUUGAAAAUAGGUGGCAUGGAGCGGCCAAGUUGUGAUAUGGGGUAGGUAGGGGGAGAGAAUUUCUAGUUCUUCCAAAGAUGCGAGUGUUCUGGCUUUGUUUUUGGGGGCCGUUGGUGUGCGUGUACUAUCUUUGUGUCGGGUACGAAAACAAAAUUUAAGCUUAAAACGAUAACGGAUGCAAGCCAAGGUUCCAUGCCAUUGUUACCGUUGUUGUGUUGGCAUACUAUUUGUUGUUUAUGCUACUAUAUCCAUAUUCGCCGCUGAUCACUACCCCCUACUAUGUUUUAAGGUCAUAGGUUAGGUAGAAUCCAAACACACUCUUGUCUGUUCCUUUCCCCUCCCUUGGUCUGGAUCCGUGUUGAAACCUGAGGCUGUCUCCGGACUGGACUGGGUGGGAUAUUAGAAUCUCCUCUGGCUCUAUCCGUACCUCGCC